AUGUGUUCUCACCUCCCGAUGGAUCCCCUUGAAGAAUUCGACCAUUUGAUUAUGUAUGGUCAGUCCGAUUUUCCCGCUAUUGGCUUAAAGUUGAAUCCACCUCAGUCAGACUCUCCUAUUAUCCGCGGACCAAGAAGUGGCACCGACGCAGGCAAUCAGUUCAGGAAGUUUUGGGGAGAUAAAUCCGAAAUCAGACACGUUGAUGGAGACCUAUUUGAGUGUGUUCUUUGGAAUUCUUCUAAAAAUGUUACUUUGCAAAUUGUCAACCAUGUUCUCUCAAAAAAGUUUGUAUUUGCUGGCGGAACCUCUCGGCGUCCGUGGUAUCAAGUAACAUCGACUCGCCUCAACGCUCUCCUCUCUCCAUUGCUGCCGCCUCAGACCUUUAUUCAGUUUCCUCCUAGGGCUAGCACCCUUCAUCUUAUUCGUUCGGUAGACCAGCUCAAUUCUCUUCUGUUCGAUCUCAAUAAACACCUUCCAUUAAACAUCAUGGGUGUUCAGCCUAUCUCCGCCGAAUUCCGUGGCACAUCCGUAUUUGCUCCAAUUCUAACCAUUGAUGGACCACCGAAAAGAAGAGCAAACUCUCUCAAGCACAAGUCCUGGCGUGAUGUUCAUGAAAUUCUGCGCCCCUUAUACGUAAUACUAAAUCUCGAAACCUCGGGAAAAUGGCCACGUGACAACUAUCAGGCAUUCCUCCAUAUGAAGCGCCUUUUUCUUCUUCGGAUUCACGAGUUGCUGAUUCACAAAGGUGUCCCCUCUAGAGUGAUCGCUUCAGGCAUGUUGGAUAUAUUUGUGAACGGCAUCGUGAUUCGUACCAGUUUUUGCCAACCGCUAGAACAAACUCUCCUUAGUCGGUCUCUUGCCGUGAACCACCAGAAAUUCACAAAAGCAACUUCCGAGUCUAAUCAACCUUUUUUUCCCGUUGCAUCCGAUGAUUUACACGAGUGGCUCCUAUUUAACGACCGACUUCCUGCCGUGACUAGUCAACUGGUUGGCAUUUCAAGAAGUUACCUAAAUAGUUUUCCUGAGGCUUGUCGUCUAGCAAAACGAUGGCUUUCUGCUCAUGGUUUCCCUGUUAUUCAGUGUCCCGAUCCUUGUACAGAGCCUGGUGGUCUCACUUCCCAUUCAUUUGAUCAAGGUGACGCAGAUUUGGGCGUGGCCGAGUGCCGUCUUUCGGAAAUAGCUGUGGAGUUGAUUAUUGUCCAUGUGGGCAGUUUUACGCCACCUGUCCGGACAUCCUCAUAUACGGCUGGAUUGUUUGGUACCAACAGCGAAAAUUUUGCUUCUUCUUCUCCGCUGGCUACAUUUUUGCGCUUUCUCCGGUUCUUGUACUCGUUUGAUUGGGCCCGACAGCCUCUUCUAAUUGAUUUGAACGAGGGCUUUUCUGAGGGGGAAGGUCGGGAGAAAGCGGAUAUCGCAGUAACUACCUUCAAAGUAACUCCUCGUGAGGAUUUGCCUGCUAUGGUACUUGUCACUCCUCUUGACCUCUCAGGAACCGACUGGACCUCUCGUGGCCCUACUGUUAGCGGUCUUAAAAGACUUCAGACGUUGGCAAAACACUCGUAUGACCUCCUCCGCGCUAUGCUCGUGGCAGGUGCCAGACUGUCCGAUCUAAAAGCUGUUUUCCGACCUGAUCUAUCCAAAAUGGAUGUUCUGAUCACGCUUAAACCCGCUGUCUACAAAACACGUUUGCUAGAAGCCGUUGAUAUCGAUUUGCCGAGUUGGACGCAUAAAAGAUCAAGUGACAGAUCAAAUGGUGCUCAGCCCUCUGCCUCAAUCAAAGAGCCCAGCCCCGUCACCCUCGAGUUGCCGAAUCCUGGUGCAAGAUUUUGGCCUAAGGGAUACCUCUGUGAUCCUGUAACAUGGUCUCUGCGCCAAAUUCACCGUCUUAGCGCCUUUGCCUGUCACCGUGAGUUGCCCAGUGGUGAGUUAGGUCUCACCGUAAACGUCAAAGCGGCGCUGGAGGGCCUUCGUCUAUGGUUGGCAAACUUCAUAGAUUCAGUCAGAAUUCGAGACCACUCGUUAUUUGAGUUGCCGGGCAAGGAGAUUCAAACCUUCAUCUCCAACGUCGUGUCUCUCGGUGGAAACUCGGAAGAACCUGUUAGUGCUGACGAAAGUGAUGCCUCCUCAGACGAGCCCAUUGCCAAAGUUCCUGAAAAGCGAAAGGCGAAGCCGACGGGGAAGGUUUGGAAGCGAACUAAAAAAGCAAAAAUAUCUGCAUAG